AAUUGAAGUGGAGCUGGCCUAUCCCAUGUGGGUCCCCUAGCGGAGGAAAAUGGGCUUACAGAGAGAAAUUGAAAAUAAGGAUGAGCGCCAUGUCUGAUCCUCCGCUUGUGGAAUAGAGCGGACGGCACAGCGAAUAUUUCCCGGGCCGGCGAUCCCUUCGGGUUUCGGUGCGGAUCAUGGCGGAUAGCGCUGGGAUUCAGCAAGGUUCGCCGGCCAUCGGAGCCGCGGGCCUGGUUCCGGCCGCUCCUGGAGCCGGGGGGACGGAGGGCUCCGGCGCCGCUGGAGGAUCCGCACGUAUCGCCGUGAAGAAGGCGCAACUCCGCUCCUCACCUCGGCCGAAGAAACUGGAAAAACUCGGAGUGUAUUCAUCCUGCAAAGCCGAGGGACCCUGUAAGUGUAACGGCUGGAAAAGUCAGAACCCCCCUCCCACCCCCCCUCAAACAGACCAGCAGUCCAACGCGGUCAACCUGCAGGAGCCCUGCCGGAGCUGCUCUCACACUCUGGGUGAUCAUGUGACCCAUCUAGAAAAUGUUUCGGAAGAAGAAAUGAACCGACUUCUAGGCAUUGUCCUCGAUGUGGAGUACCUAUACACAUGCGUUCACAAAGAGGAAGAUGCUGACACUAAACAAGUCUACUUUUCCCUAUUCAAGCUGUUGAGGAAAUCCAUCCUACAAAUGGGUAAACCAAUGUUAGAAGCACAGGAGAGUCCUCCGUUUGAAAAACCCAGCAUUGAACAGGGGGUGAACAAUUUUGUCCAGUACAAAUUCAGCCACCUACCAUCCAAAGAGCGUCAAACCAUCAUGGAGCUGGCUAAGAUGUUUCUCAACCAGAUUAACUACUGGCAGUUGGAGACGCCCUCCCAGAGACGCCAAAGGGUGCCCAAUGAUGACGCAGCAGGAUACAAAGCAAACUACACCAGAUGGCUCUGCUACUGCAACGUGCCUCAGUUCUGCGACAGCCUACCCCGCUACGAGACCACACAGAUCUUCGGCCGGACGCUGUUACGUUCUGUGUUUACUGUGAUGAGGAAGCAACUGCUGGAGCAGGCCAGGCAGGAGAAGGACAAGCUUCCUCCUGAGAAACGCACUCUCAUACUUACACACUUUCCCAAGUUCUUGUCCAUGUUGGAGGAGGAGGUGUACAGUCACAGCUCUCCAAUCUGGAGCCAGGACUUCUUGGCAGGAGCGGCAGGAGGGAAGAUUCCUAUCCACACUGUCAUCAGUGCUCCUCCAGUGGCCAGGCCUCUGUACUACAGCACCAGUCCGGUGUCGCUGGAUCCAUUAACCUGCGGCAGCGUCAGUCCUGCCAGAAAAACCACUUCUGCACUGGAGUCAAACCCAGUUGGAGAAAAGCGUAAACCCUCGGAGCCCCUUACCCACGAAGAAAACAAGAGACCCAGGGUGGUGGGUGACAUCCCCAUGGACCUCAUCAAUGAAGUCAUGGCAACCAUCACUGACCCUGCCGCCAUUCCCGAGACAAGUCUGCUGUCGGCUCACUCGGCACGCGAUGAAGCUGCCCGUCUAGAGGAGCGCAGAGGCGUGAUUGAAUUCCAUGUCAUUGGGAACUCCUUAAACCAGAAGCCCAACAAGAGGAUACUGAUGUGGCUCGUCGGCCUUCAGAACGUGUUCUCCCACCAGCUUCCACGCAUGCCCAAGGAGUACAUCACGCGGCUGGUCUUUGACCCGAAACACAAGACGCUGUCACUCAUCAAGGAUGGCCGUGUGAUCGGAGGUAUCUGCUUCCGGAUGUUUCCAUCACAAGGCUUUACGGAGAUUGUCUUUUGUGCCGUCACCUCCAACGAGCAGGUCAAGGGUUAUGGAACCCACUUGAUGAACCAUCUUAAGGAAUAUCACAUCAAGCACGAAAUCCUCAAUUUCCUCACUUACGCUGAUGAGUACGCCAUUGGUUACUUCAAGAAACAGGGUUUUUCAAAAGACAUCAAGGUUCCAAAGGCCAAGUAUGUGGGCUACAUCAAGGACUACGAGGGAGCCACACUCAUGGGCUGUGAGCUCAACCCCAGCAUUCCCUACACAGAGUUCUCUGUAAUUAUCAAAAAGCAGAAAGAGAUCAUCAAGAAGCUUAUCGAGAGGAAGCAGGCUCAGAUCAGAAAAGUCUAUCCAGGGCUGUCCUGUUUUAAGGACGGUGUCCGGCAGAUUCCCAUUGAGAGUAUUCCUGGCAUACGUGAAACUGGCUGGAAGCCUGUGGGAAAAGGGAAGGAACUGAAGGACCCAGAUCAACUCUACAGCACUUUGAAAACCAUCCUCCAACAUGUGAAGAGUCACCAGAAUGCCUGGCCUUUCAUGGAGCCUGUGAAGAAAACAGAGGCGCCCGGGUACUACCAAGUCAUUCGGUUCCCCAUGGACCUCAAGACGAUGAGUGAGCGUCUGAAGAGCAGGUACUACACAACGCGCAAGCUGUUCAUGGCCGACAUGCAGCGCAUCUUCACCAACUGCCGCGAAUACAACCCUCCGGAGAGCGAGUACUACAAGUGUGCCAACUUACUGGAGAAGUUCUUCUACACCAAGAUCAAAGAAGCCGGCCUCAUCGAGAAGUAGAUGAGAGGGGAUAAGUUUUCUCCUUACCUUAACAACUACGAGGCAGCCCUCGGCCUGGGAUUUGUUAAGUUAGAGGUAACGCAAAGGACAAGUAAAGACUAGGACUACUGAUUCUGGUGCGGGUAGGUUUCAGAGACACAUCUUAAUGUAAAAGGUGGAAAAAGGUCUCAGAUCAACACUCUUCUACUGUUUAAUGCACGCUGGCCCAGAUCCUGAAUCAGUAGACUGAUAUUUAUCACGAAAGGAUAGGCCAAGAGGGAAGGACUCAUUGAGGAGCUGUUAGAAUGUUUGAUUUCAAACAAAUGACCCAUUGUGGCUUUGUAUUGUAUUUCAUCACGUCUCCCAGAGGCUUAUAGAAAGAAAGGAUGGCGGUAGAGUAAUACAUAUUAAACAGGGCAGAAAGGACCUGUCAGUAUAUUUGUGUCAGACGCUGGAAGGCAUCAGAGGAUUACGGCUGACUGGAGAGUCACCACCCAUCUGACUUUAUCUCCUUUGUUUUCAUACUGCCUUUUUAGCGUCUGCUUCCUCCUCUCAGUUGACUCAGGUAGAAAUGUCACGAGAAGCGACCGCGUCUGCAGUCGAUCGAGUCAUCACAGAAGUGUUAUCUGUGGGGAAAGUGGCCGAGAGUCUAGGUUUUCCUGUCUGUAUAUCUCUUGUGAGCAUGUACAGCGUAAAUGAGGUCAAAGAUGUGUUUGUGAUGAGUUCAUCCUGCCAAAAGAGGAAUACAUACUUUAAAUUUGUACAGAUUUUAAUUACGUUGAAGCACUUAUACCCAUUGUAUAUUUUAAAUGUGUAUAUAACAUAUAUUUUCUUUUUCAGAACUAAAAAAAAUAAUAAUUUCCCCCCCGCCAAGCCACAUAGGGCAUUUGACUAUUGAAAUGCACUUUUAUUUUUCCAAGUAUUAGUUAACAUAAAUGAAAACAUCCUCUGUUUCACAUAUAAAUUACACUGUUGACUAAGGACUAAUUUAAUUAUUUUAGAGUUUAUUCUUAUUAUUUAUGUGCUGUAAUUUAGAAGAAUUAUGCUUAAGACAAGGUCUUAAUUUAUUAUUUCUUAUUUUUGUCCCGCAGAUGGAGAUUGAUAACUUUAUACUUUGGAGAUAAAUGAAAAGACUGUGCAAUACGACGUAGUUUUGCUGUUUUGUAAAAAAGGUGUUUGUACUUUUCAAACUUUAGGAAAAAAAAAUACCUUUUGUAAUAUGUCUGGAAGAUUUAUCUCAUGCUCUUUGUACAAUUUGUUUUAAUGACAUAGUAUUAGCCUAUUUUAUAGACUGAAUAAAACAGAAAUGAGGCUAA